AAUAGCCAUUAAUGAAGAAAAUCAAAGUUCAACCUAUGUUCUUCAUUUUCGAAAGCUCCAAAUCAUCAAUCAAGCAUCAUAACAACUUAGUCAUCUGCUGUUGCAAUGCAUAMAUACAUACCCCUGUGUGCACAUACUCGGGCUGGUUUGGUAAGAGAGAAGGCAUUUGGUACCACAAAAGAUCGGAUGCUUCAUAUUGAGCUUUGUGCAAAUUCAAGGGCUGUGACUGUAUUUAUUCGUGGRGAUGAUAGCAUUCAUCCAGAGCAUCAUGAUCAYGGCACCCCCAUCUCCUUCUUCCCUUCCUGUUUUAGAACAAAAAAUCGACGAUUGUGCAUAACCAGAACAGUAUCAGCAUAAGCUAAAAGUGUUCAUUUUGUUUCCGUCUUUUUUGCCGCAUUGCUGGUGUAUUUACCAUUCAAGUCUCCCUUUGAUUUUGUACAUAUUUUAAGCCUCUCCAAAUUCGACUGUUGCACUUGUAUAUUGUAGAAAUGUGCACUUUGAUA